UCAACAGAGCAGGUGUGGAGUUUAUCCUCGUGCUGUGAGAUACUGAAGACGCUUCUGCACCAGACCCGGCGAGAGAUCUUUCUCUAAAACAACAUAUUUAGCACUACGGUGGACACUGCCAAGAAACUAGACUACUGUAAACAGCCCAUGGCGUUAACAAUGAACUCCUGGUGGACUCUGGCUUUGAGCGCCUGUCUCGUGCUGAUGGUUCGAGCUGAAUGCGGCAGAGACUGCGCGCUCUGCGUUUACCGGCUGUUCCGGCAACAGACAGAGAUCGACACACUGACCUGCACAUUAGAGUGUGAAGGGACUGUGGACUCCAGAAAACUAGAAGUCUGCAAAAACAUCCUCUCAGAAGAGGAUCGCCUUGCCAUCGACAGCCUCAAGCAAGAGGAAGAGAGCGCAGACCACCUUCUCACCAAGAAAUACGGAGGCUUCAUGAAGCGUUAUGGGGGCUUCAUGAUUAAGAAAGCAGCAGAGAUCGGCACGGGGGCCCAAGCAGAGAGUGACGGCACAGAGCUCAUCAGUAAGAAAUAUGGAGGCUUUAUGAAGAAGGACAAGGCAGAGGGUGGAGCUGAAGAUCAGCAAGUGGAGAUGCUGAGAGAGAUCCUCAGAUUCGUUCUCACCUCAGAGUCAGAUGAGCAGCAUGAUGGGGACAUGGUCAAACGCUAUGGGGGCUUCAUGAGGAGCGUACAGGGGAACAGUGGUCUAGGGGAGGCAGGGAGAGACCAGCACAAGCGAUACGGGGGGUUUAUGCGCAGAGUGGGCAGGCCUGAAUGGUUGGACAGCCAGAAAAGCAAUGGGUUUCUGAAACGUACUUUCGAGGACGGAGGCGAGACGGCACUGCCUGGCAUGCAGAAGAGAUAUGGAGGAUUCAUGGAUUAGAAUUAAAACAUGGACACCCAUCCUAAAUGACCUAUUCCUACUUUGUGUAGAGUUUGCACUGUACCAAUUUCAUGUGAAGCCAUUUUAAAUGACUAUUUAUUUUUGUCUUUGCUGCUGAAUAUUCCUCCAUAAUGUACAAUGUACAUUUGUGUUCUCUGUGACUAGGGUUUGUGUUUUAAAAAGAAGAAAUAAUAUUUUCACAAUCUCUGUGCUUACAAUUGAAUCACCCAUCAAAUGGCACAUUUGGUAAAGACAGAGGACGAUACUUUAACUAUUUCUGGGUCACAUCAUGACGAAUGAAAAGCACUUUUCACUGUGUUGCUUUGUUCUCUGAGAAUCUCAUCACAUUAGCUAGUCUGCUUCGCCCAUUGAACAUUGUAGUGAGGUUAAGUUUGCCGUCUGAACUCGAUGAUUAAUGCAUUUCUUUUAACAACUUUUCAACAGCUUUUGUUCUUGUUUAAAU